AUUUCAUACUUUUCUUAAGUUUUUGUUUUGACUAGUGCAGUCAUUGCGCCUGUGGAUGUCAGUGAAUUCUUCCGUUUAGUCAAGUGACGCCAUUGUGAGCCGUAACGACUUUUAAGAGCACCGAGUUUAAUCUCGAAUUUUUUAAAUAAUCUUGAAUUCUACAAAAAGUAUAAUAAAACUACUAAAAUGGCAGAUGAUAUGCCCACAUUCAAAUGUGUCUUAGUCGGUGACGGUGGUACUGGCAAAACCACAUUCGUUAAAAGGCACUUGACUGGAGAGUUCGAGAAAAGAUACGUCGCUACGCUCGGAGUAGAGGUACAUCCACUAGUGUUCCAUACAAACCGUGGCCCUAUUAGAUUUAACGUGUGGGACACAGCGGGUCAGGAAAAAUUCGGAGGUCUUCGUGAUGGUUAUUAUAUUCAAGGUCAAUGUGCCAUCAUCAUGUUCGAUGUAACCUCUCGUGUGACGUACAAAAAUGUUCCUAACUGGCACAGAGAUUUGGUGAGGGUUUGCGAAGGUAUCCCGAUAGUGCUUUGUGGUAACAAAGUUGAUAUCAAGGACAGAAAAGUUAAAGCAAAAACUAUUGUCUUUCAUCGGAAAAAGAAUCUUCAGUACUAUGACAUUUCCGCCAAGUCCAAUUACAACUUUGAGAAACCGUUCUUGUGGUUAGCGAGAAAGUUGAUUGGUGAUGGAAACCUCGAGUUUGUUGCCAUGCCUGCACUCGUUCCCCCAGAAGUCACUAUGGAUCCCCAAUGGCAGAACCAAAUCGAAAAGGAUCUUAAAGAAGCCCAAGAUACAGCUUUACCUGAAGAAGAUGAAGACUUGUAAAUAUAAAACUAAUAAAUUCCCAGUGCCCUCUAAUGUGAUAAGCAUGCUUAGCUUACAUGGAGUUUUCAAUAUUUUUCAUUCCAUUAGAUUGCGAUUGGUUCAUAAGUGCAGUAUAUUUUUGUAUCAAAAAAGAAGUCAUUCGCUUUAAUCAGUGUAUGUUCAGUCAUAGCUAUUCGAAUUACACAGUUGAAAUUUUUUGUAAGAAAAUUCACAAACAAUUUUCUAGUUUAACAUGAAAUUGAGGAUGUAUGCUCACAAGACUGCAUCUUUCAUGCAGCAUCUGUUAAUAUUUUAUUUCAAUCUAUUUAAGUAUUAUUAAUGUAAACAUAGGUGUCAUGCUACAAUAACAAGCCACUGAGUUUGUUUUAACAAAAGUAACAAAAUAUGCUUUGAUAAUGUAAUCCCAUAGAACAAAAGUUGUUUACUUUUGGUCCACUAAGCAUUGUUAUUUAUCAUUAGGUAGCCUCAUCUGAUACUUAAGGACUGACAAUAUUUCACUCUAAAAUUAUGGUGAUACUUUUUGAAUAAAGUUAAAAAUAAAAA